GGACGCCCACGAUGUCUUACGAGGAGCUGAGCAAGAUCAUCGACUUCCGGGCGCUGCCUGAGCCGGGAGAUCGGUUCGGCUUGGAGAAGGUCAUCGCCACGGGGACUUACGGGGAGAUCUACGAGGCCGUCGACAAGGAGAAUGACAACAAAAGGGUCGCCAUCAAGGUCAUUGACAACAUCAAGGAGAACCUGGAGGAGGUCGAGGAGGAGUACAGAGUCCUGGCGGAGCUCAGCCUUCAUGAGAAUUUUCCUGUGUUCUACGGCGCCUUCGUCAAGAGGGCGGGCAGCCUGGAGUCGCACCAGAUGUGGCUCGUGAUGGAGCUCCUUACCCACGGCACCGUCUCAGAUCUUGCGGCCGCCUACAAGAACAAGGAGGAGAGAAUGCCGGAGGAGGUCAUUGCCUACAUCUUGAGGGAGGUCAUCAAGGCGGUGCAGCAUCUCCACGCAGGUCACGUGAUCCACAGAGACAUCAAAGGCAUGAACAUCCUCAUCACCGAGGAAGGGAAAGUCAAGCUGGUGGAUUUCGGGCAGUGCGGUCACCUGGACAACACGAUGGGGAAGCGGUGCACUGCCGUCGGGACCCCCUUCUGGAUGGCCCCUGAGGUCAUCGAGUGUGAACAGAAAGCCGAUGUCGACUAUGAUAACCGCGUGCGAUGUCUGGUCACCUCGCAAUCACGGCCAUCGAGCUCGGGACGCGGCGACCCCCCCUACGCGGACCUCCACCCCGUCCGCGCCCUCUUCCAGAUCAUCCGCAACCCGCCGCCGCAGCUCCGGAGGGUCUCGGACUGGACUCAGGACUUCGUGGACUUCAUCUCCGAGUGGGUGGACGGCGCUUAUUUUAGUGAAGAACCGGACCACCGACCUGUCAUGCUGGAGGUCCUUGAGCAUCCUUUCAUCCAGGGAGUCCGGAGGAUGACACGGGCGAGAAAAGUUCUCAUAUCAGAUCAAAUCUCAAAAACAUCAAUUCGUCGUGAGAGAACGAAAUCAAGACUAAGAAAUCAAGAGACAAGAAAUCAAGACAGAAAUCAAGACUUAGAAAUCAAGAAGACAUCUUAG